AUGUCGUCAUUUUCGCGCAGCUUCACUGUGUUGGCCACUCUGAUUGUGUGCAUUUCCGCUCAAUUUCGUAAUCCAUUCGAAGCGGUUCGAGGAUGCCUACAAUAUGACACCGUGCCUGGGUACAACGACACGCUGGAGUAUUUUGCGACAGACAACUUCCAGCACGUCGGUCGCACUCAUAAUUCCAAGUACAUCCGUGUCGGGAUGGUGGGACCCACGGAUGGGAUCAUCCGCUUCGGGAAAUCACGCUUUCCCUACGGCGACAGUGUUAGCGAAAUUUGUCUCUCGGGGUGGUCUAACCAGAAGACGGAGGUUAAUCGCCAUACGCGCACUAGUAACAGUGAAUACGUGAACACCCCGCUGAAGAUCACAAUGACGCCCAACGUUCUGUCUAAGACGCGCCCUUUCAUGUUCCGGUUAGAGGUGUUUGACAAUGGUAACGUUCAGCUGACAAAGGAUGGCGAAAAGAGACCGUUUCUGGAGUUUGACGACAAUCACAGUAGGCUGGAUUUGGAUUACAUUGCGUUCACCAAGUGGAACCAUGAGCUUUUCUACUACUACGACUGCCCGCUGGAGGUGAAUUCGAACGGUGCUGAUGAGACGGUGCUACUUAGAUGUAAUUUAGCGUAG